AUGAUUUGGUUGCGCCGCUUCUCCGUAUUGCUAGCCUUUAUGCUGCUUAUCUCGUUUGGCGCAUGGCUACUCCCACGAGUAUUAGACCCAACGGACAAAGGCCCCGAAAGGCGAGCAAGAGACCGACGUUGGGUCAACAGCAGUCCAUACUUUCUGGACCGUCAGGCCUGUCGCUGGAUCAGUUUGUGUGGACUACACCACUUGCGCAAGGACCCUGCUACCCGUGGGAACAAUGAUGAAGAUGAGCCUGAGUGGGGAGACUUGAAGCAUCGUUCUCUGGCUUGGGAACCCGAGGAGAUUCCCCGUCAAGAUCCCAAGCGAAAUACCAACCACCGUCGCCGUAUUCUUCGCGAUAUCCCCGACUACGUUACUAAGCAUGCGCCCUUGGUUCAUUUGUAUUCUGGGGAGGAGUUUUGGCCUUCAGAUAUUCGUCAGCACGUCGAACAUAUGACUGCGUAUGCCGGCGAAGAACUCAUCAACUCAACUGAGGAAUGGACUCUCCACAAUCUGCAUAAGCUGAACAGACAUCACGGCAAGAUUAACCUUCGAAGCAACGACGAUGUGGAAUCACGGCCCAAUUGGCUACAUAGUCACUACAACAUUCCAAAGCCAUUCCCGGACGAUCACAACGGCGAGGACUUCAAAACGCCGGUAGGAAAUCCUGGGGGACAACCAGAGUCUCGAGAGCCUAGCACUUGGUACGAUGUCGACAAGAAUCGCCCUGUGCACAAGAUUUCGGAUCCUCGAAAUCGUAAAUUUCAGAAACCCCGUCGCUCAGAAUCUUAUGGUCACAAGCCAGAUGAAAAUGGCUAUUCAGCCGCUCCAGCUGUACUAGUUGUUGUUGAUAAAGGGUCUGGUAUCGUCGACGCCUUCUGGUUCUUCUUUUACUCGUACAAUCUUGGUCAAACUGUCCUGGGAAUUCGAUUUGGUAACCACGUGGGGGACUGGGAGCAUUGUAUGGUGCGGUUCGAGCAUGGUAUUCCACGAGGUGUGUUCUUCUCAGAACACGAGGGCGGGCAAGCAUAUGCUUUCGAAGCUGUCGAGAAGCGCGGAGAACGACCCGUCAUCUACUCGGCCGUUGGAUCGCAUGCCAUGUACGCUCUACCCGGAAAGCAUCCUUACAUCCUGCCUUUCAAACUUCUUAAAGAUGUUACAGACAAGGGGCCUCUAUGGGAUCCAUCUCUGAACAACUACGCAUACCAUUACGAUUACACGAAAGACGACAACCACAACCCGAAAGAUAUGGUGGAAGAACCUUUGAGCCUUGUUCCGGCAGCCUCGAACCCGCACGCACCGACAUCUUGGUUUCAUUACCAAGGACACUGGGGUGAUGAAGUAUAUUCUCUCGCUGAUCCUCGUCAGUGGCGCUUCUUUGGUCAGUAUCACUACGUCACUGGCCCUGAGGGACCCGUCUUCAAGACACUCGACCGCACCAAGAUGUGCCAGAAACAAAAGUGCAGGAUUCUUUACAACCUUGAUCCCACAAACACAUGGUAUUAG